AUGCCAACAGCAGAGACGACGACUCCCGUGCCGGCGCUCUCCGGGCAAGGCCGGACAGUUUGCGUCACCGGAGCUGGAGGGUUCAUCGCCUCAUGGCUCGUCAAGCGCCUCCUCGAGAAGGGUUAUACAGUCCGCGGCACGGUCAGGAACCCUGGAAGCCUUGUCGAGGCCUUCUCCGGCUGCGACGGCGUCUUCCACGCCGCCUCCCCGGUAACCGAUCAUCCUGAGAUGAUGAUCGAGCCAGCAAUCCGGGGCACACGGUACGUGAUGACGGCGGCGGCUGACACCGGCGUCAAGCGGGUCGUGUUGACGUCCUCCAUCGAUCUCGCUUGCUGGAACCCUAAUGACGCCACAGGCCGUGCUGUUGGAGUGACGUCGAUGCAGCGCCGGGUGGGAGUAAUGGACGGCGAGGCUAGGGGCUGGAUUCUCGGUGCCGUCAUCAUGAAGAAGGAUGGGGAGCUCGCACUCUUCCUUGGGAUGCGCCGACGCUAA